CAUGUUUCCUGAUUAUAUAAGCUCAUAUCCGAUGAAGGAGGGUGAUUUCAGAUCGUGACAAAUUUAUGUGUACACAGUAUGCCUCCUGAUGUCAUAUAAAUACAACCUUCUGAUUACAUUAUUUGUACGCUACUUUCACAUUGCGAAAAUCACAAGCAAGUCAGCAAGUCAGUACAACACAACGAAUAAAGACGAGAAGCAAUGGGAUUCGUAAACUACACAUUUACAGUUUUUCUUUCAUUGCUGUCUUUUUCUAGAUUGGCGAUAAUAGUUGAAAGUUGCGUGUGUAUGCCAGCGCAUCCACAAAAUGCUUUCUGCAAUUCAGAUUUCGUCAUCAAAGUUACAAUAACCUCUAAACACCAAUAUUCACUGGUCGAAAAUUACCAACAAUAUGUCGAUAUGGGGCUCCCUCCCUUGCAGAUUGCUUUUUACAACAUCACUGUCAUGAAAAUUUUUAAAGGACAGUCUAACAUACAACAUUUACUGAGAGAAGAAGCUCUACCAAAGCUGUUGUGUACACAACAUCAAACGAUGGAGCAAAUUCCUGCAGUUUAUUGCUAAGAAAAGGAGGCAUCUAUUUACUUGGUUGCUGGAUGAUGCUUAGCAAGUGUGAUUUGAACAAUGAGUGGCACUUGCUAUCAGAACAAAUUAAGAAUGGUGUACACGGAGCAUAUGAGUGCGACUGUACUAUAGCGACAUGUGUGGAUGGUUACUGCGAUUACAAAAGCUCAUGCCAAUGGGAUGUUGCUGAUGAAUGUUCGGCCAAGUAUCGCAUGUGCGGCAGAAGAGGCAGCGAGUGCUCAUGGAUAUCCGAUGACCAAUAUACAAAAUGUUAGCCUUGGAGGCCAAUAAAUUGGUCCAAUAAUGUCUAAAAUAAUUUUAUUUUUUAUAAAAUUUUUGGUUUUACAAAGCAAAACCAAAAAUUUAAUUUACUUUGAAUUACGAUGACAUUUAGGAUUUUGUAUUUUCACUUCUACUUUCUGAUUAUUCAAAAUUCUUCCCAAUUAAGAGAAGUAAAGAGAAAGUAAAAUGAGUUAUUUUAAUUGUUAUAUUUAUUAUUAUUGACGCAUGAAUUAUUUUUGACGAAACUGAAUUAUAUAAAAGAUGACGAUCAUGACGAUAAGAAUUGUAAACAUAACGAUUAAAAAAUUAACAUGAAAAAUAUUGACACUGUAAAAGAGUACAAAUACACACACACAAUAAUUUAUGUUUUUUA